GAUAACUAUGGCGUGCGGUUAACUUUCACUUAUGGGUAACGCACUGGCACCUCGUCUGGAAAAUGCGGAGAAGACUGGCGUACUUCAGUUGAGUAAUUUGAAGUUGGUUAAAAUCCCAGAGGAGGUAAAGAACUUGCAGAACGUUCGGUGCUUGGAUUUGUCCAAUAAUCGAUUGGAAGUUAUCAAGCCAUGGAUCACAUGCUUCAAAAUGUUGAAGGUGCUGAACUUAGAUAAAAAUAAAUUGAAAUGUUUUCCUCUCGAGCUUUGCUCCUUUACGAAAUUGGAAACUUUGAGCGCUAAUCAAAACAAUCUUAUCGGACUUGUCGCGCCAGGACUGUCAGCCAGCUUCGAUGCCCUCGUCAAUCUGCGAUUCGUGCACUUAUCAUGCAAUGAGUUAACCGAAUUUCCUGUGGAGCUUUGUAUUCGCUCUAUUCCUCUAUCUGUACUUGACUUGUCCAACAAUCGCAUUCGGCUAAUCCCUGAUUGUGUUGCGGAGAUUCAGGCAAUGGAAAUCAAUCUGAACAACAACCUUAUCUCCAUCGUGACCAGCUCCAUCGCAAAGUGCCCACGGCUUCGCGUGCUGCGACUGGAUAACAAUCAGAUUCCACUGAAUGCAUUUCCAGUAGAGCUUUUCACAGAUUCUCAAGUCUCUCUCAUUUGUGUCUCCGGAAACCGGUUCGAAAUGAGGGAGUUCUACGCGCUUCCAGGUUACCAACAGUACAUGGAGCGGUUUACGGCAACGAAGAAAAAGGCCAUUUAGACUGCUCGCUCCCUCCACUGUCAAUCCCACAUUUUUCACUCCCAGAUGUGGUACCCAAACAGAUUUUUUUUCUUUUUGUUUGUACUUCUCGUUAAUUUGACCAGCCCUACGAUCUCUCCUUUUUCGACUGCUUACUGUUUGCCCAAGAAAACAGAACUGUCAAUUUGAAGUGUUUUCGCCCUUCAACAUACCUAGUUCAUUGGUUUUUAGAGCGUGCAUAUUCACGCCUCAGAUAUCAAUCG